CUUUCUCUCUCUCGCUCUCUCUCUCUCAUCUCUCUCCUCCUCCACCCCCAAAAGAAGGAGAAGAAGAGAGUUGAAAUUCUAAACCACCACCACCCACCAAAAAACCCCCACAAUACUCUCUUACUCACUCCACUUCGCCGCCGCAAUGGACCCACCACCAGUGGCCCCGCCGCUGCAACCCCACCACCUCAACUACCCGGAGUCCCUCGACUCCUCCCCUCGCUCCCGCAACACCGACUCAUGGGACGAUCCCAUCCCCUCCACCAACAGGCUCCGCCUCAUGUGCAGCUACGGCGGCCACAUCGUCCCCCGCCCCCACGACAAGUCGCUAUGCUACGUCGGUGGCGACACCCGAAUCGUCGUCGUCGACCGCCAGACCUCCCUCUCCGAACUCUCCAACCGCCUCUCCAAGACUCUACUCAACGGCCGACCCUUCACCCUCAAGUACCAGCUCCCCAGCGAAGACCUCGAUUCCUUAAUCUCCGUCACCACCGACGAGGACCUCGACAACAUGAUCGACGAGUACGAACGCACGGCUAACCACAGCGGCGCUUCGUCCAAACCCUCACGCCUCCGUCUCUUUCUCUUCCCCCUGAAGCCCGAGUCGUCGCAAUCGAUGGGGCCCAUUCUCGAUAUUUCAGCCAAUAAGUCUGAGGACUGGUUCUUGAACGCGCUCAAUGGCGAGUCCGAUAUGCUCAAUCGGGGCUUCUCCGACUCCGCCUCCGUCAAUUGCUUGCUGGGUCUCGACGACGAUUCGAUUUCAGGCGGGGCUGCCAAUAAUUUGGACUCCGGUUCGAGAGACGUCGAGGCUUCAGUUCCUGCGAAUUGCAAGAAUGCCAAACAGGGCGGAGGUGGCGGCGGUGGGAACGGGCAGGACGUUCACUCCGUCCCCGAUUCGCCGAUGCUUGAGAACUCCUCUUCGUUUGGGUCCACGUCAUCGUCGCCAUCGCUUGCGAACUUGCCGCCGAUUCGGGUCCACGUGGAAGAUGGUGGCGGCGGCGGAGGUGGAGAUCGGAUUAGAGUGCAGGAUCAGAAGAUGGGGAUAGAAGAGCAGUUCGCUCGGAUGACUGUUGGUGGUGGUGUUGGCCCUGUUGGGCAGAGGCAAGACGACGGUGGCUUCGCGGUCCUUUCAUCGCCUCCUCCGAUUCCCACUACCAUCGUGGCAUCCGCCGCACCACUGAGCACGGCCACCGAUUACUUGAAUCGAGUAGUUUCGGACGACGAGCGAUCCGAUCACGGCGCCCCAGUUGGGUAUCGGAAACCGACGCCUCCUCAGCCUCAGCUUCAGCCACAGACUCUGCCUCCUCAGUCUCAGCUGCCUAAAUCUAGUGGCGUUGUUGAUUUGCCCUCCCCAGAUUCUGUUUCAAGUGACAAUAGUUUAUCAAAUGCCAUGUCUCGCCCAAAACCUGUAAUUUAUCAAGACCCAGUGGUUCAAAUCCCCUCUGCAAACGCCAGGUUUCCGGCAAACCUAGUUGAUCCGAAAUUAAAUCUUUCCGAUCCAAACACUCGGAUUCAGAUGCAACAACAGGUUCACGAUUCUGGGUACGUUUUGCAAUCGCAAUUCGAUCAUCAACAGCAGCAGCAGCAACACCAACAACACCCACAACAAGCACAACAGCCACAUCAAUUUAUACACCCCGGAACACAUUACAUCCAGCAACACCCAGGUUCGGUCCCCAUUCCGGCGUACUACCCAGUAUAUCCGCCCCAGCAGCAACAGCACCACCAUCAUCAUCCCCAGCUUGAUCAGCAGCAGCAGCAGCAGCAAUACCAAUUUUAUUACAUGCCUACCAGGCAGCCACAACCUUACACCACUUUGCCAGUUCAGCAAUCGAAUAUCAGCGAUUCUGCCGCUCCUAUCCCUUCGACCCGCUCCCAAACGCCUCCUAACCCUGCCAUGUCCUCCCCUUCUGCGCCUUACAACCAGAUAAGGAAUCCCCAAAUUGCCAAACCCGAACUGGGUGCCCCAACAGGGGUGUACAGAACGGCAACCACAGCAGCUCCGCCUCUAGUUCAAGUCCCAUCUGCUCAGCAUCAGCAGCAAUUUGUCGGCUACCCCACCCAGAUGCACCAUCCGUCCCAAUCGGCCGUUCCUUCUUCUGGGGGCAAUGCCAGUUAUGCCUAUGAAUAUGCUACUGAUCCCUCUCAUGCGCAGAUAUACUACACACAGCCUCUGGCGCCCUCAAUGCCUUCUCAGUACCAAACCAUGACGUCCGCGGCCGCCAUGGGGCUGCCGGAAGUCUCUGCUCAGCUUCCCACCGACAGCAUCAAGCAGCAGAGAUGAGGGAAGUGAACAAUGCCUGGAGAAGGAAACAAUUUUGGGGAAGUGGGAAGCUUUGAUUUUUAUCUUUAAAACUUAUAUAUCUGUUUCUAGAGUCUUUGGCUUUGGUAUUGGUAUUUGGUUGUGGUAUGUAUUUGUGAUAGAUAAUAAGCAAACUUUGGUCGUCCUCGUCGUCCUCAUCCUCCUCGUCGUCUUCAUCUUCGUUCUUGUAAGGUCAUAUGGUUGCUGCUCCAUUGCCGCUGCCGUAGUCGUCAUCCAAGAGAAGUGGAUAGGAAUAUGACAAGUUGGUGUCUGGGAUUAUAAUUAUAUACUGUAAAAGCUGGAAAACUCAACCAAACAUAGUAUUGUGUGCUUGUGCAGAUCAGUUUCUGAAUAAAUGUUUUAUAAGUAA